GGCGCGGCGCGCCGGGGCGGCAUGCGAUGGGGAACUGCUGCUGGACGCAGUGCUUCGGGCUCCUCCGCAAGGAAGCGGGGCGGCUGCAGCGCGCCGGCGGCGGCGGAGGAUCCAAGUAUUUUAGGACAUGCUCAAGAGGUGAGCAUUUAACUAUAGAGUUUGAGAACCUGGUAGAAAGUGAUGAAGGGGAAAGCCCAGGAAGCAGUCAUAGGCAUCUUACUGAGGAAGAAAUUAUUGACCUGAGAGAGAGACAUUAUGAUUCUAUUGCCGAAAAACAGAGACAUCUGGAUAUGAAAAUUCAAAAGGAGUUAGCCUUACAAGAAGAGAAGUUAAGACUAGAAGAAGAAGCUUUACACGCUGAACAGCGUGAAGCAGCCAGGGCAGCAAAGCAGCGAAAGCUCCUGGAGCAAGAAAGACGGAGAGUGGCGCAGCGACACCGGCCUCCCAGCGGUGGAGACUGCCAGAGUUCAGGAGCAGAAGAUGACUUUGAAUCUUGUUUGAGAAAUAUAAAGUCACAGUGUGAAGUCUUUCGAAGUAGUAGACUUUCAUCAGAUGCUACCGUUUUGACACCAAAUACAGAAAGCAGUUGUGAUUUAGUGACCAAGACUAAGUCAACCAGUGGGAAUGAAGAUAGCACAUCCUUAGAUCUAGAGUGGGAAGAUGAAGAAGGAAUGAAUCGAAUGCUUCCAAUGAGAGAACGCUCCAAAACAGAGGAAGACAUUCUUCGCGCAGCACUUAAGUAUAGCAGCAGGAAGGCUGGAAGUCAUCCUACGUCAGCUUCUGAUGACUCCAAUGGACUGGAGUGGGAAAAUGAUUUUGUUAGUGCUGAAAUGGAUGAUAACGGCAAUUCCGAGUAUUCUGGAUUUGUAAAUCCUGUAUUAGAACUGGCUGAUGCAGAUCCACAGAAACGAUAGGAUAAAAUCAUGUGACCCAGCUCAUCAGUGAUGACCAAAAGUUGAAAACCAAUUAGAAUGUAGAAAUGGCUAUGCUGAGCCUUUGGGAAAGAGGGAGGUAAAAAACUGUGUUGUGCUUUUCAAAAAGCAAUGGGAAUGGAGGGUAUCUCUGAAUGGCUUCAGAAUCAAGUGCAAUUUCAUCAUCUGCCUUCUGUUUUCCAGAAACAUUUUAAUGAUCCUGUCAUGUUGUCGAUUAAAUUUACUUUGACUAUAGCAUUCCUGUUUUAUUAUUUGUAGAGUUUCCCUUUGUAGACAUUUUAUUAAUUUCACUUCAUAUACUUUCUUAAGCCUGUUUCAGCAGUUAAAUAUGAGAAUAUUAAAGCAUUUUUGGUUAAUUCUCAGCAGAUGUAAAGGGAGCAUUGGGAGGGACUACAAUAUUCAGUUUCAAAAUAGUGUUCCCUUUCCAACAUUAUUUGUGUGGCUUAUUUAUUUAUUACCUGAUAGUAAGCAUAAUUAAUUGGAGUGGAGAACUCACAAAAUACUGAAGUAUCAGUUUCUCUCUAGACAUGUUGCAUAGCCCAGUACAGUAAUGUUGGCCCAGCUUAAACAAAGGGUAUGGAAUGAUAAAAUAAGCUCUGAGUUUGGAAACAAAGUUGGUAAUCAAAAGUAGUAUCUAAGAAAAUAUAUAUAUACUUAGGUUUUUCACUUCCUUUUUCAUGCCACUAUAAAGGAAUAUUGACUUUAAUGGCUAUAUCAAAUCUCUAGAUGUCUUCUUUAAUUCUGUAUUUUCAAUAAAUGAACUUUAAAAGAUUACACAGAACAUAUUCUCUGUGCAUGACUAUUAAGGAAGGAAAACUUGACAAGCUUUAAUACGGGUAUUUCAAAGUUAAUAAGUCCUUUCUGGUUUGAAAGGAUUCAUUGAUUUUAUUAAGCUUUCCUUUGCCUUGUAAUACAAGGUGCUUUAAUGGGAUGAAACUAAGUCUGUCAGUAUAUAUAAUUACAUUUUGUGAUAUACAGUUAACCCUUCUUUUCUCUCAUUUAUGUAUCAAUUUAAAAAGCCAAGGACAUAAGACAGUUCCUAAUUGCUUGUCUUGAUUUUGCUGAGGAUAGAGUAUGAUUUUGGUAAACAAACCUUUUCAGUUUUUCCUUAGUGGUUUUGUUUUUCUUGCAACAAUGACAGUGCAUGUUCUCAAAAAUAUAGGAAGGUCCAGAUAUAAAUAGUAACUUGCUGUAGUUAAAAAAAAAAAUCACGUGGCCCUUUCCAAUAUUUGAACUGCUAGGCAAUGACAUUUAUAGUUUCCUUUUUUAUCUCAUAGAAAUAAAAAUAUGACACUUCAAAUGUGUAAAUAUAUUAGGUCAUGCUAUUUAUUUCUGUCUUAACAUACUUUUACCUUGUAGCUGUGUCCCUGGAAAUAUUUUCAAGGUAAUCUAUAUUCACACUGCCUGUGUUAUGCUUUUUAAAGUUUGUAUACAUCAGAUGUAUAUUUUUGGUUGGCAUUGGCUACUAUUGUAAUUUUUCUUGGCAUUUUGUUCAUAAAGAAUUUUUUGAAGGAAUGGUAACUUCUCAAGGAUUGUGAAUAAAUACAUUUUUACAUUUAAAAACAAUGAUUUCUUAGUAUUUACUCCAUAAACAUACAACAACGCUGACUGAGAAAUUAUUUUAUUAAAUCUACUAUGAAGACAAAAGAGUAACAAAUCAGUAAAGCAGUAAAACUAAACUUGAAAAUGUGAUAUAAAUGUCACCCAACAGUUUGGGUUCAAUGACAGUGAUACCUAAAUUCCUUCAUAUUUAAACUUUGUAACUUAGCAACUCAUCCAUCAGUCUCAAAGUCAAGAAACAGCAAGCAGGUAACAGAAUCUUUCAAAGUGGUCAAAAUGUGACAGGACGGGCACAGAAGAGUGUAAACACUUUACUCCUAAGUCUUUACCACAAACCUGUUUGCACUAUAUAAGCAAGUCCAGCAAGUUGGGUGAUCUAACUUGUAAACCUACAUUAGUCAGGAAGCUACAAUCCCACAAAAAGAGGAUAUAAUAAAGGACAUAGAAUUCAUUGACAGUUGUGAGAAAGGCUGAUGCCCUCAGGUUAGAGGAACAUACUAGUUUUCUGUUUCCUGUGCUAACACAUUUUUACAGUUGAGUGGUUUACAACAACACAAAUUUACUAUGAAGUUCUCUAGGUUACAGGUUGAAGGCAGAGCUCAUUGAACUCAGUUUCCAUGGGGCAGUGUUCCUUUCUGGAGACUUCCCCGUCCAGCUUUAAGAUGCACUCCCCCUGCUCCUCCCCCGCCCCCAUCCUUGGCGCAGGGACCCUCGAUCUUCACAGCCACCAGCAGCUGGUGGAGUCCUCACACAGCUUACCACUGGCAUCCUGUUCUGCCUCUUCUACUUCUGAGGACCACUGUGAUCACUGGGUCACCCAGAUAAUCCAAGAUAAUCUCUACUAGAAGGUCUCCUGAUUAGCCACCUUACUUUCCUUCUCCACCUUUCCCCUUUGCCUUACAAGAGCAGUUGGAGGUUCUAGAGAUUAGCAGGUGGACAUUUUGGGGUGGGCUCUGACCACUGUGGGAGGACGUAGGGGAAAAUAGAAACGGACAUAGGAAAUGAGACAGUCCAGCCAUUUUUAUAGGCACAAACGCUAUAUCCUGGAAGUCCUAGAGCAAGGGAGUAAAGGUGUAAAUGUUGGUGUCACAUACCACAGUCCAGGAGUUAAACCUGGACCGAAUGGCCUGAAUCAAAAAUAAAGGUUUAGCAAUCUCUUAAUAAGAGGUGCCAGAAUUUACAAAAAGGCUGUUACAGAAAUUUUUUUUUUUUUCUCAAAAAAUGGACGUCUUAAUGUAGGAGAAAACUGAAUAUAACAGGUUACCAUUAUUAUUAAACACUCACUAAUUACCUGGUGAGAGUGAGCCAAAUGUAAAUCUUAAAUGAGGGCAACAAUUUUGAACAUAAAAUCUGUCUUACAAGUAUUUAUGCAUCUAAGAACAGGUCCUCAGAAAGCAUUUCAAAGCAAAUAGAAAAGAAUUAGAUUUUGACUUUAUAUCUGGACACUUAAAAAUCUGAAUUCAUGGAAUUAAAAUUUGUGAGAUACAUACAUAAAAAUAGACAAUUUUGGUUAAAAAAUAAAAACUUUAAGCUCAAUACGUGUUUCUUUAAAAUAAUGGUUUUAGAUGCUGGAUGUAUACAAGGAGAAUUAUGCUCUUGGAAAUAAACAUUUCAUCAUUCUGUAGAACAAAAUAUCAGAAAAGCAAGGUAUUGUCUCAAGAAAGUCUUCCCAUAUUAAGACCACAAGGAUACACAUGCUCUACUCCAAAACAGGCCAUGCUGCAGCUAGCACUCUGGUACUGCAAGCUUAACACACUGACAGUACGCUGUGAUCUUGACCCUGAAAACAAAUGGCAGCUGUGAAAUGAUGUGACCAGAUCAGAGAUGGUUCCUGAUGAAAACAGGACUAAAAAAAGCAU